AUGGCUGCGCUGCCCCCUCCCUCCCUCCUCUGCCCCCACCCCGCCGCCUGCCCCUCCGCCCUCCCCGCCCGACCCUCCUCCCCGCCGCUCACUCCGCGCCGCCAGCGCCCAGGCGUGCGGCUCGGGAGGCGGCCCGGCUCCGCGCCCGGCUCAGCCCUCCGCCGGCUCCGCGCUGGGAGACAGCAGGUCUCCGUGAAGCGCGGAGGGUGGGGGGAAGGAAUGCCGGAAUGCCCGGACCGCGGGGCCAAGGCGGCCCCCAUCCAUCAUAAAAUCUCCUUCUCCAUCUUAGACAUCCUGGAUCCCCAGAAAUUCAGCAGGAGACGCGAAACGACCGCGGGGAGCUGGGGCAGCGGCCCCCGCUCGAGCGAGCGGGAGAAAAGUUUGGGAAGAGUUGAAGUAGGAAAGGACGCUGCUGCUCCCGGCAGCGGGAGGAAUAAACUAGAGGCACAUGGUAGGAACGCGCUCGAGUUUCUCCGGCCGGCGCUGGCGGGGCGAGCAGAUGCGCACUCCCCGGCGGACAGCCGCGCCGAGGCAGCGCGGCCGGAGCGCGACGAGGAGGGCCCGCCCGGGGACGGGCCCGGCCCGGAGGAGCCCGGCUCGCCGCGGGGCGGCAGGCGGCGGCGGGCCGAGGCGGGGUGCGGGAAGCCGCGGCGGGCGCGGACGGCCUUCACCUACGAGCAGCUGGUGGCCCUGGAGAACAAGUUCCGGGCCACGCGGUACCUGUCGGUCUGCGAGCGCCUCAGCCUGGCGCUCUCCCUCAGCCUCACCGAGACGCAGGUGAAGAUCUGGUUCCAGAACCGCCGCACCAAAUGGAAGAAGCAACACCCGGGCGCCGACGGGGCGGCCCCCGCCGCAUCCCCAGCGGCGGCGGCAGCGGGCGGCGGCAGCCCCAGCCCGCCGGGCCCCGCCGCGCUGCCCUUCCAGACUUUCCCUUCGUACGGCGCCGGCAACGUCCUGGUCUCGCCGGCCGCCCCCUUCGGGCUGGGCUGCGGCGCCUUCGCGCCUUUCCUCGGCUCCGCGUAUCUCGGCCCCUUCUACGCCCCGCACCUCUGA